GGAUUUAAUUCGAUAUACGCAACAUGAAACGGUUGUUGGUGAUCGUGGUGGUUUCCGCUAUUUUUGCCGUCUGCUUCUGUCAGGAUUUCACGGAAGAACAGAAAAAGCGAAUCAUCCAAAACCGGCAGGAAUGCGUGGCCGAGACGAAAGUCGACCCGAUCCUAAUUGAAAAGGCGGACCUCGGGGAGUUCCCGGAAGACGAGAAACUCAAGUGCUUUACGAAAUGCUUCUACCAGAAAGCCGGAUUCGUCAACGACAAAGGCGAAGUGCAGCUGGACGUGGUCAAAGCGAAAAUACCGACCGAAGCUGAUAGGGAACAGGCGCUGAAAAUAGUAGCAAAGUGCCAACUCAAAGGCAAAGAUCCCUGCGAGACUGUUUAUCUCAUUCACAAGUGUUACUAUACGCACACGCAUCCGGUAGCUACCGAAGAACCGGCUGCGAAAGAAAAACCAAAUAAAACCGAAUAAAAUUUAAUAAAACCUUUUUAUUUUUAUUUUUAAUGAAAAUUAAUUCGACGUAUCGUUGGGCGGAUAGUGUGGCUAAUUAAUUUGUGAUUAAUAGUUAUUCAUUAGGUUGAAAUAAAUUAUUUAUAAAUACGCGUA